GGGAUUUAAAUCUGCUUUUGACCGUUUAGUUGUCUUUUCGAGAGUCUUCAGCGACACUAAUGAAAAGAGCUGCCGAAGUAGGAUAGUGCAUCGUCUUUUGUUACUUUGGCUCCUUCUUGUUCCAACUGACGUAAAAUGUUUGGCUUCCACAAGCCAAAGAUGUACCGCAGCAAUGAGGGCUGCUGCAUCUGCAGAGCCAAGUCUUCCAGCUCUCGCUUCACUGACAGCAAACGCUAUGAGGGCGACUUCAAAAGCUGCUUUGGGCUCGGUGAGGUGCGCUGCGGCGACAUCUGUAACGCUUGCGUCCUCCUGGUCAAGCGGUGGAAAAAACUACCAGCUGGAACCAAGAAAAACUGGAAUCAUGUGGUCGAUGCAAAAGCAGGUACAAGCGUGAAGACGUCGAUCCGGACGACAAAACUCAAGAAGAAGAAGCUGUGGCCCAUCAUCCGUGUGCAGAGAAACAACUCUGACGCUCACAGCACUACCUCCAGUGCUUCACCUGCCCAGUCACCAAUCUACAGCAACCAAUCGGACGAGGGCUCUGACUCAGAGAUGCUGGGGAACUCGCCCUCCUCAUCUGCCUUCUCCUUCCUUGACCUCACCUACUGGAAGAGGCAGAAGGUUUGCUGCGGGGUCAUCUACAAAGGACGUUUUGGUGAAGUGAUCAUCCACCCUCACCUGUUUAAGCCCUGCUGCCAGAGGAAGCCCCAGUCUCCAGAGGAGGAGGAAGAGGAGGUGGAAGAGAUGGAGGAAUCUCCUCCUACUGUGUCCAAGCUGGAAGCAGAAGAGGAGGGUGCUGAAGAGCACGGAGAUGGCAGCUCAGUUCUGGUAUAGUCUUCCUGAACAAAGACUCUAACCUCGAUGAUGUUUCACAGCUGCUUCCAGAUCGCCCUGGACCGGUUCUGUUUUCAGUUGCAUUGAGAUUCUCUGUGUGUAAAUACUUUGUUCGGAUCUUACAAAUGCUGGAUAUAUGGGACACUUCACCAAAAUGGAAACUUCUGGAAGCUUUUACACACUGAAACUGUAGCUUAACUCAUGGACUGGUGCUUUUUCUUGGUUGGUCUGCUAUGGGGCCACAGACACGUGAAACAGUGUUAUGGCUAGCUUUAUUAUAUAUGCUCAAACAGGUGUUUCAAUUCCAACCAAAGUCAUUGCAUUAAAACACAUGGAACAAUAAGAAAAUGAAAUCUGUAAAAAUGAAAUUAUGGAUCAGGAUACAGUUUUAUUUAGUAAAAAAAAAUAGAUAAAAGAAACAUAUAUAUAUAUAUAUGUGUGUGUGUAUGUAUGUAUGUAUAUAUAUAUAUAUAUAUAUAUAUAUAUAUAUGUUUGGAUAUUUUCAAUAUAUACCAUAUUUUCAUAUAUACAGUCUAUACAAAGGAUAAUUUAACAGACUAUAUUAAAUUUAAUUUAAAAAAAUAAAAAAAAUAAAUAUGUAUUGUGUCUGUCACCUCAUCCACACAGAUCCAAGUGCAGACUGUGACCUGUGACUCCACCACACCUUAAUGAAGGUUCCACAGGGACCCCAAAUCCCUUCUACUUUGUUGUUCACCUUUUAAAGCACGAUUUUGAAUGAAGUUCCCAGUGUCACACAGAAGCACAAAUACUCAGUGAUGUUUGCAGCUCCGCUCCAGAAGUUUCCAAUGAUUAAAACCGUUAUAAGCUAAACAAUCCCUCAGGAAGGUUGUGGGUUCAUGGAGUGUUGUUCCAAAACCUUUUGCGGCUUUGUUCAUUGUUAUCCAAAAUAUUGGCCUAUUUCUGUUUUUUUUUUUAUUGCUGUUUUGUUUACCAAAAAUGAUAGUUUUGUUUCUGCUGUUUUAUGUGACCCAAACACUUCUAGCUCGAUUAACUGAAGUUGAAGUCCUCUGUUUUGUAAAUAUGUGUUUAAUGGGGUAAAAAAAACAUUUUUGCAGUUUUGGCCAGAACUUCAGAACUUCUUUCCAAAAUAUUGAAUGCAAUAACACAGUUUAAAAUCGUAAUGAUUUUUAUUAUUAAAAAAUGGUUAUAAUGUAAAUGUAUCUACCCAAAAAUCACAGAUUCCAGCUCUGGCUCCACUUCCAACACUUCUUUUUUGUUUUUUUUUUCUCCCUGGUCACGGAAACCCAACCACACACUUCCCCACCACAGCAUUGCCGAUCUGCCCUUGUCUACUAUCUGAACCUGCAAUUGGGUUUUGAUCUGCGCCGUUUCCUGGCCAGUCAUGAGCAUUUCCUAAACCCAUGCAGUGUGAUGAUCCAUCGGUGAGACAUGCUGGUUUCUCUGGCGCUGCUGGCAACUCAUUCUCACGCAUUUCCAGUUCCAUGGCAUCAGGAUCUCUAGGCUGCUACAGAACCCUUUGAAGAGUUUCAUUGACUUUUUCAGCAUUUCAAGGUUCACUCUUCCAUUUCCUGUGUCACAGGUAGCAAAAUUCCUUUUAAUAUGGAUUACCUCUAUUCUGUUCUAUAUUAGAUGUACGACAUCGUUUCUCAUUCAGAAAGUUUUUGGCGCCUACAUCCACAUCAUCCUGCCGGACUGUGCUCUCUGUCUAAAGCAUGAAUACGUCAAGCUUGUUUCAGCACUGAAACAAUUAAUUUUGCGUUUUGUUAAAAAAAAAAGCUCACCAAAAUGAGAGUCUGUUUUCAGCCAUUUGUGCCCUUGUGUUGCCAGGACUGGAGAUGAAUCAGAACCACCAAAUAUACACCUUUCAUCAUUUGCAUCAUCUUUAACAUGUGUCCAUCAUUGGUUCAAUAUAAAUCAAAAUUCUCACAAACUAAGCUCCUUUUUUCAGUGACAACAAUUUUACAGAACUAUUCAACAAGCAGAGAUGUGUAUAUCAUGAAUGAAAUUGUCUUUAUUUAUUAAUUUAACGCUCCUUCUGUCACCGCACUGCUGUUUUGGUUCCCUCUGUAGAAACGACAGAAUGUACAACGCUGCCAUACACACUGAAGAAAUGAUUGUAUUCAAACUCUAUGAUAGUAGUUUAGGGCGUUGUUGAUGUUCAGAUGCAGUAAUGGUAUUUUUUGUCAUUAAAGCAUGUGAUGCACUUAAGAACUACGAUAUUUUAGUAUUCUGCCUCUGUCCUGUAGCAGAGAGAGACACACACACACUACUGUCGACCAGUUUGUAUAUUUUUAACGACUUGCUUUCUACUUAUUCAA